CACAGUUCAAACGGUGAAGAGGCGCGAAAAUGUUCUUCCCCCCAAAAGGGGAAGGUGGAGGGAGAAGAGAUAACGAGCACAAAGAGUUCUUGCAGACGAGGAAGGGGAUAAUGGCGAAGAGCGCGAGAGGGGAGGAGGCGGAGGCGGAGGCGGAGAAGGAGGAGGGUAGGAGUGGGAGGACUCAGCUCCUCGAAAGGAUUGGUCGGAUCCUCAAUGAGUGCCAGCACUCUUUCGCCGCCCACGGCCGGAAGCUCAAGGAGAUGGGCUGUCUCCGAUCCUCCUCCCACCCUGAUCUCGACUUCACCCACUGCUGGACCACCAUGCUCUCUCCCCUUUUCGCCACAGUCAAGAGGGCCCCCUCCACCGAGCGCCUCGUCCGCUUUGUCGCCCUCUUUGCUGUUUCCGAGGCCGCCCGCCCUGGCGACGCCUUCCUGGAGGACUUCUUGCGCUUUCUCCUCGCUUCCUCCGCUGCUUCCAACAAGGCUGUUCGGUUCAGAUCAUGCCAGAUCGUUUCCGAGAUCAUGAUGCAGCUUCCAGAUGAUGCUGAAGUGAGUGACGAAUUGUGGGAUGAACUGGUUGAGUGUAUGAAGGGGAGAAUACAAGAUAAGAUUCCUCUAGUUAGGGCUUUUGCUGUACGUGCUCUUGCUCGUUUCGCCGUCGAUGCGGAGAAUGGGGACGUUGUUGAGCUGUUCAGGAAAUCUCUGUCUUCUGAAUCGAAUGCCGAAGUUCGGAAAAUGCUAGUACUUUCCAUGCCUCCUUCAAAUUUCACAUCUUUGGACAUCAUAGAGAGAACACUUGAUCCAAAUGAAUCGGUGAGGAAAGCUGCAUACUAUGUUUUGGCUAAUAAAUUUCCAAUCCAGACUUUGAGCAUCAAGCAACGGACUGUUAUUCUUCAAAGAGGGCUUGUAGAUAGGUCCCCAGCUGUAAAGAAGGAGUGCACAAAGCUAAUGAAAGAUGCGUGGCUAAUGAAGUGUUGUAACGGUGAUCCUAUUUCCUUGCUAAAGUUUCUUGAUGUGGAGACGUACGAAUUGGUUGGAGAAGCAGUAAUAGAUGAGCUUCUAAGAUCAGGAAUGGCGCAUGUUCAAGAAGAUCAAAGCAUUAGGAAUUUCUUGGUUCCAGCAUUUGAGGAAAAUGGAGGGCAAAAAGGUUCAAGCAUACAGGUUAUGGAACCAGAAGUCGCCUUAUAUUGGAGAAAAUUGUGCAGGAAUUUGCAAAUGGAGGCACAAACAAGAGGACGUGAUGCUGCUGCAACAACAGGUACUGAAGCAGUUGUAUAUGCAGCAGAAGCUUCAGACAGGAAUGAGCUUUUGGAAAGGAUUCUUCCUGCAACUGUUUCCGACUUUGUUAAGCUAAUCAAAUCACAUGUAGAUGCAGGAGUGACAUAUCGGUUUUCAACCAGGCAACUGCUGUUACUUGGGGUCAUGCUAGACUUUUCUGAUACUACAAACCGGAGAGUUGCUGCCGAAUUUGUGCAGGAGCUGUUGCAUGCACCACUUGAGCAUGAAAUUGAUGAAGAAGAUGGAAACAAGGUUGUCCUUGGUGACGGCAUAAAUCUUGGUGGUGAUAGAGAUUGGGCUAAAGCAGUAGCGGAGCUAGCAAAAUGUGUGCACGCUUCACCAGGAGAAUUUGAGGAGGUUGUCACCAGUGUUAUUGAAGAGCUGGCUCGUCCUUGUCGGCAAAGGGAUGCUGAUUUCAUGCAGUGGAUGCAUUGCCUUGCUGUGACUGGCUUGCUACUGGAAAAUGCAAGAUCCCUUCUUUGCCUGCAAGGGAAAGCCAUAAAUCCUUCAGAAUUGCUGCAGACACUGAUUCUUCCAGCAGCAAAGCACAUCCACGUGGAUGUUCAAAGAGCUGCAGUUAGAAAUCUUGGCCUUUUUGGCUUAUUAGAGAGAAGGCCAAGAGAGGAUGUCCUGAAGCAACUGAGGCUUUCAUUUGUUAGUGGCCCCUCUUCCGUUUCCAUUGUGGCUGCUAAGGCAUUAUUUGAUUUAGCAAUGUGGCAUGGUCCUGAGGAGGUUGAUAAAGCAGUUGGGCUUAAUUCCUCAGAGCAAAUUGGCACUGAAAAUCAGAACAAUGAAAGCUCCAGCGAUGAUGGCAGCCCAAAGAGUGGAAUUCUCGAACUUUUGUACUCUGGGCUUGAGAGAAACGACUGGGAUGAGUGUACAGAAAUUGAUGGACUGGAAACAGUUGGAGGUGUUCUGGCUGAAGGAUUUGCAAAAAUGCUUUUGCAGAGUAAAGGUUAUCCAAGCCUUUCAGCUUCAAUGCAUCCCUUAAUACUGGAGAAACUCAUUACAUUGUACUUUAGUGAAGAAACCAAGCUGCCUCGGUUAAGACAGUGUUUAUCAGUGUUCUUUGAGCAAUUUCCUGCACUUUCUGCCAACCACAAGAAGAGCAUUUCAAAAGCAUUUGUCCCAGUUAUGCGCUCCAGUUGGCCUGGGAUGUUCGGGAAUCCUGGUGGGGCGCCAACAGUGGUUUCUAAUCUGAGGAGGCGUGCAACUCAAGUGUCACUCUUCAUGCUGCAAAUGAUGCAGACUUCUCUGUACAAAUUCCCCGGAGAAAAUGGGGAAGAGAGUAGCAAUGACAAAUCAGGAGGAAACCGAAGUGGCAUGGAUCUGGAUCAUCUUGAUAUAGAUAGCAGAGAGGAAGGGCUUGCUAUUCGCCUUGCUGUUGAGGUGCUGAAGUGUCAUGUGAAGAGGACUGCCGCAGGAAAAUCUUACAUAUUGGCAUUAUGUAGAGUAGUUGUUUCAUUAAGAUUCUGCCCUUCACAGCAAGAUGCUCUUAAACUCAUGCGGAUGCUGCUGAAUCAAAUGGUUGGAUAUAUAACAUCUGACAACCAAGUUCUGAAGGAUUUGAAGUCAAUGGCGACUCACCUUAAAACUCAAGAUGAAGAUCCAGAUCGCUUACUUUCAAGUGAACAGAUCAAGAUUCUGCUUGGCAAGCUGGAGCUUGAUGACUUUGAUGUAGAAGCGCUAGCAAAAUCUGAUGUUACUACUCCUGCAGCAAGAACAAGAACAGUGAAAAAGAAGCACACUAAAAUUGACACUUCAUCAACAGAUGAGGAUAUACCGUUACCAGCAAACGUGGCGUCAAGGACACCUGCUCUAGUUACUACUCGCUCUCAGCGGACUAGUAAAACAGAAGCAAUGGCAAGGAUCACGGGUAAAGUGUUGGGGAUGUCAACAAGCGAAGAAGAGUCUGAAGUAACAUCAAGUGAAUCAUCUUCUUCUGAUGAGAGCUGAAGAUACAUCUCUUAAAACGUUCACAUGAGCACCACCCUGCAUUUCUGGAACGACGACAAAAGAUUAACUAAACCUGGACCUAGUAGCCGAUUGGCUAUUAUAUGGAUUGUCAAUGUCAUCAUCAUCUGUACGAUUUGUAUACCUUAUGCAAAUCUUCAUCCCGCUAAUUUCCCGUGGAUUUCGCACAUCACUUUUGGCGGUUUUUGGAAUUGUGUAACAUAUCCGUUUAUAUGUGAUACAAGAAUGUUGUGAUGUUCUAUCGGAAAAGUACUUAUUUGUUA